AUGGAUGCCGAGACGCUGCCUUAUGCGCUGGACCUGGUGGCCAGCAGCGGGGUAUGCUUGAGCCCGGAAAAGCGGGCCGCCUUGAGGAACUCCCUGCUACUGGUGCGCAGGGACUACCGUUUCGAGCAGGUCCGCCUCUGGGGCCGCAUCCAAGGCAUCCGAGGAGCCUACUAUAUCGCCGAGGGCUUGGGACCAGACAGGGCUGGGAUCAGAAGCCGCCUCUACAGCUUGAACGGUGCGGAUUGGAGUCUUCUGCCACCCCCCUCAGAGGAAAUUAUUGCAUUGACUGCAGGAUUAAAGGGACGUUUCCAAGGGGAUCCGUCUUAUGAGUAUGAAUUCCCUGAGAAAAAAGAAGGUGAAAGAUCAUAUGAAGAAGAAAUUGGACCUUUGGUCAAGGAGGAGCUCCGUCUGGUAGCCACAAUACAUAAGAUAGAUCAAGAAGUGGGUAUUGUUCCACGGGGCGCAUAUGUAAAAUCUCCACUUGGACCUGUGCAUGUGAACAGGAGCUUUGAAGGUUUGUCCCUGACAGAAGCAAAAAAAUUAAGUUCCUAUUUCCAUUUUACUGAGCCGGUAAAAUUGAAGAAUAAAACUCUGCUGGAAAAAGCUGACUUAGAUCCAGCAAUUGACUUUUUGGAUUCUCUUGAACAUGAUAUCCCUAAAGGGUCCUGGAGCAUCCAAGUAGAGAGAGGAAGCAGAAUAGUAGUGCUGCGAAGUCUACUCUGGCCUGGACUCACAUUCUACCAUGUUCCUAAUACUAAACAGCAUGGUUAUAUCUAUUUUGGCAACGGAGAGAAGAACACAGACUUACCCUUCAUGUUGUGAAGAUC